CUGAAAAUACAUCAUCAUGGCGGAUCUAAAGAGACACUGGUGUGCCUGGACUCUAGAGGUCUCUGAUAAGCUGAGGAGGAGUCAGCAGCAGGUACUUCCUCCCAUCCUGUGGAUCCCUCUCCUCUUCCUGCUCAUGGGACCAGGAGCCUCUGGAGAGGAAACACCCCCAAAAGUGAUAUCAGGGACCCUCGGGGGUUCUGUGACUUUUUCCCUAAACAUCUCAUGGGAUACAGAGAUUGAACAUAUUGCCUGGAAUUCCCCCUCAAAGACUCUUGCUAUAAUGGAUUCCAAAAAAAAUAUAGUAAUUCUGGACAGAAAAUACAGUGGCCGACUCAAGAUCAGCAGAGACAGCUACUCCUUGUAUAUGAGUAACCUAAACAAGGAUGAUUCAGGAUCUUACCAGGCUCAGAUCAACCAAAAGAAUUCUAGCGUAACCACAACGGAAGCAUUCAUACUGCAUGUCUAUGAGGAGCUGCAGGAGCCCCAAGUCGCCGUGCAAUCUGUGACCUUGUCUGAGAAUGAUUCCUGCACCAUUACUCUGAUCUGUACUGUGAAUGGGGCAAAGGACGGUGUCCAAUACAACUGGACCCAAAAGGACACCCAUUUUAAUAGCUCCCAAGGGAGCCACAUCCUCACAGUUUCCCAGAGCAUCUGUGACCCGGACCUACCGUACACCUGCAAAGCCCGGAAUCCAGUCAGCCAGAGCUUCUCCCAACCUGUCCAUGUCUGGCAGCUCUGUGCAGGCACCUCCAGAAGAAAAACAGCCGGAGAGACUCUCGUGGGGAUCCUGGGAGAGUCGGUGACCCUGCCCUUGGCAUCUCUGGCCAGUCAGGACACAAAGAAAAUUGUCUGGGUGUCGAACACGGACACGAACACGUCGAUUAUCAGCAAAGACCGGAAAGGAGCAGCAACAGCCGACCCUCACCGUGAAUUCAGAGGUCCUGAAGAACCAAGGGUGAGGAUCUCUGACCAGGACUACUCCCUGAAGAUCACCAGGCUGAAGAUGGAGGAUGCCGGCACCUACCGCGCCUACGUGUGCUCAGAGGCCUCUGGAGAUCCCAGGAUGACACACUUCAACCUGCUCAUCUACAAGAGACUGAAGAAGCCCAGUGUCACGCAGAGCCCCGUGCAAAGAAAAAACAGCCUCUGCAAGGUCUUCCUGACCUGCUCAGUGGAAGAUGGCGGAAACAAUGUGACCUUCACGUGGAUGCCCCUGCAAAAGAAAGCUGUUACGUUCGAAGGGAGCUCACAGCUCAGCAUCUCCUGGAAAAGUGGUGACCGCUUGCCUGACUUCACCUGCACAGCCCAUAACCCUGUCAGCAACAGCUCCAGCCAGUUUUCUUCUGAGAUCAUCUGUUCAGGCCCUAAGAGACAAAUGAAGCUUGGGAUCCUGCUCCUCCUGGUGUUUAUUGUCCUUUUAUUCUUGGCGAUAGUGCUCAGCAGUUGCUACAUUUUGAAGCUAAAGAAACAUUGUACACCUUUGGUCAUCAGGUACAGCCAAGCCGAGGCUCCAGCAGAAAUACCAGAAGGCCCAGCCAGCCACAUGAAUUUUGCCAUGCUCUCCCAACGGUACGAGAAACUAGGCAUGGCCAACCAGACUGAGCGCCAGUCUUUGCCCACAUCAGACAGCAGCUCUGACAGCAGAGCAACAAUAGAAGAGGCUGAGGAGAAGAGCAGAAUGCACAGCACUGCCAACAGUAGAAAUGAGGUGUAUGACUUGGCCACUCAGGAGGACACUGCAUAUGACUUGGCCUCUGAGGGGCAAGCAGACUAUGAAGCAAUCACUCCAGAUGACACAGUGGUUAAGUCUGAGGAUGAAGAGGAAAUGGCCUAUGCACAAGUGUGCCUGAAUGCUCAGGGAAAGAUGCCAGUUCCUCAGAAGGAAGAAGGCUCGCAUACAAUCUACUGCUCUGUUCAGAAACCUAAGAAGAUGGUGCAAACACCACAGCAAGAUGCUGAGUAUCCUGGAAUCUCCACCUAUGAAAAUUUCAACCUGACGUGAAAAGCAGCUAUUUCUCCUGGGGUGAGAAUUUGGGGAAAAACAGAGCUCGUAAAUCCUACUGUUCCUGCAGAAAGAACACAUCAGAAUUUCCUGCAGUAGCUCACACUUGCCUGAAUUUCAUCUCUUCCUUUUCUUCUAGUCCCCAUUACCUCAUUAGCCCAUUUAUAGGUCAGGCCCAGGCUCCUUGGAGCCUACAGGCUCUGAACAUCCUUGCUUUGUUUGUCUCUGUUCAUCCAUUACAAUUCCUCCUCUGAUCUAAAACCCUGUGGAGAGGGGCUCCUGCACACGGCCUUGGAUCCCCAUGACUUCUGUGCCCUGCAUUGCACACACGCGUGUGCCUAGCCAUUCAGACAGCGCUCUGUAGAAGGACCUUAAAUAUGACCAGUGUGGUGGUUCGAAGAAGAAUGGCCCCCAUAGGCUAAUAUACUUGAAUGCUUAGUCAUGGGGCAGGGGUGGGGGUGGGGAGAGGAAUGGCACUACCUGAGCAGGAUUAGGAGUGUGUGUGACAUUCUUGCAGCAGGUGUAGCUGUCCAUGGUAACUCUUCCUGCCUCAGCCUAUGGGAACCAGACACCUUUUCUGCCUCUGAAUGACUACUGCCUCCACAGGGAGCUGUCCAUAAGGACAACCUUUCCUGCCUCGGUCUACUGCCUUUCCAAUGAACUCCUUGUACAUUUUGCAUACUUUGUAUUCUUUAUAACCCCUCAAAGAACGACAGUGGCCAGACCUCUGCCUGAGGAAGGCCCAGCAGCCCAGUUUCUCUCCCCCUCCCAUCCCUGACCUCUGUAACUGUCAUCUCCAGCCCCUCAGUAGGACUCAUCCCAGACUACACAAAUUUGAGGUGAAAAGACUGGACAAAAAAAAUCACCACUCCCUGAGCAGGAAAACUGCCAAUCUCUGAACUUCCUGCAGCUCAGUACUAGAAAUCUCACCAAUCCGUACUCUGGACAUCCCUGCCCCAGAAAGCUCCGCCCCCUGAGAAUUCCUAUGUAAAUCUGUGUUUGCCCAGGUUCCCUGCUGCCUUCCCCAAAGAGCAGAGGCAGCCACUUCUGGAUUCCUCCCUCCUCUCCUGGAUUUGUCCCUUCAAUAAAUCUCUCUUAAGAGAUUUACUUCCUGCUGUGACUCACUCAUCAGAGGAAGAAGAAAAGAAAGAAACAAAAAGGUGGAGCCCAGGCUCCUAGGCUCCUCAGCUCCUCAGGGUUGGGGCAGCCUCCCUCGGGAGCAGCAACAUCUCUAUUGAGGAGGCCUCCUCUCAGAGCUGUGAAGUUCCUGGGUUUCUGUGCCUCAGGAUACCCUUGGGAUUCUGUCCCACCUCAAAGCUGGGAUACCUUCCCAAUCCUCAUAGAUGUGACUCAGACUCACGGCCUCAUAGCUGUGGGUUUCCUGGACACCCUGCUAUCUGAGUACCAGAAGGCUGGACACCUUCCCAUGGAACAGGAAAGUGAGCCACCAAAAAAAGAGGAAAAAAAAAACAUAAACUCUCCAGAGAACUCUUCAUGCUGCAGCUUCAGCAGCCUCAUGCCAUUUAGAUAGAGUCCAGCCACUUUUGCUGAGUGGCAUCACCUCUGUUGCUGUUGGUUGCUGUUUCAGUUGCUGCUGCUACGGUUUGCUGCUUUGCUGUUUGGCUGCUGAUAUCCUUAUGACUGAGAUUGGUAUAUCCCCAAAGAACCCAAUGACCCUAAUCUGCAAGAAAUAGCGAAAAGAGGUCUUCAGCCCUUUUCCUACCAAUCUCCUACCUAGGGUUGGGGGCGGGGGGGGUUGGAAGGAGGGCAGAAGCCUUUAAGAACCUUAAAUAAAGUAGGUGCUUGAAAAAUCUAAGCCUAAAGAUUCAGAAUUCAGAGUCUGUCCUCCUAGUUUUCAUCCUUGCUCUGCUCCAGUGUUAGCUCACUACGCACCCUUUCUCCCUUUCUGGAGCAGUAAUGUUUAUUAUGUGCCAUUGUAUGUCAAAAUAUACAAUCUGCUUUUUGAUUUUGAUUUUGUGGGGAUCAUAGUUAAGAGAUUACCAUGAGUCUCAGAAGAGACUUUGAACUUUGGACUUUAAAACAGUGUUGAAACUGUGACAGACUAUGGGGACUUUUAAAGUUGGACUAAGUGCAGUUUGCAUUAGAAUAUGACUAUAAGCCAAUGGGGCUCAGGGAGUGGAAUAUGGUGCUGGUUUGAAUAAGAAUGUCCCCCCAUAUGUUCAUAUAUCUAAAUGUUUAGUUAUCAGAGAGUAGUACUACUUGAGAAGGAUUAGAAGGUGUGUCCUUUUUGGAGAAAGUGUGUCACUGGCGUUAAGAUUUCAAAAGCCCAUCCAGGACCAAUGAGUGGCUUUCUCUUCCUGCUGACUGUUGUUCAAGAUGUAGAACUCUCAGCUACUUCUUCACCACCAUGUCUGCCAGUGUGCCACCGUGCUGCCCAUCGUGAUGAAAAUGGACUGAACCUCUGAUACUACAAGCAAGCUUCAGUUAAAUGCUCUCUCUUCUUAGGGUUGCUGUGGUCACAGGGUUUCGCUCGUCGCAGGAAUAGAACGCUGACUGUGACAGCCAGUUUGUUGGCUCAUUGCAGGUGUCAUUGUCUUUGUAUAGCCUCAUGGCAAAGGCUCAGCAAUCAGAUACAUAAUUAUGAUAGUGUUAUAUACAGAACAUUCCAGAACAGGGCAUUCCCAAAAGACUACUUGCAUAGGCUUUCUUCUGGUCAAAUGAUGUUGAAGGAGACUAUGACUGACCAGCCUUCACACCAUCUUCUAAACAUUCUCCCCCUCCCCCCGCCAAAAAAAUGAACCCAACAGCUAUUUUCACGCAUGGGCACACAGGUCCGUGCGAAAUGAUGUUCACUCUAGUACUAUUUAAAAUAGAAAGUGCAAAAUAACCUAAAUGGGCAUCUAGUGAGACCCUGGUUAAAUGUGUGGUAGCAAGCAGUGGAAAACUCGAAACAAAGCAAAAGCCAAUAUGCUAUAUGGAAUACAUUGUUGAGUGUGAAGAACAAAGUCCAGAGUAUAUAUUGUAUAGGUUGUAUGCCAGCAGACCGAUUAGAAAACUGUAAGUCUGUGUGUUUGUGUAGGCAUGGCAGAGUCUAAAUGGAGACAAAUCAGUGGCUUCUUCCAGAGGAGGGACGGAGAAUCUUAGUUUGAGGAGACUUAUUGAAUAACUUUUUGUAUUGCUUGAUUUUUAAAAAUGGAUGAAUUAGUGUUUUGAUAACUUUUUAAAAUCUCUAUUUCAUUUUUAAUUAUGCACAUACGUGUGUUUUGUCGGGGUAUUUGCGGGUACCUGCAGAGGCUCACAAACUGUACUAGACUGGAUGGUCAAGGAUUCAAGGAUGCAUCUGUCUUGGCCUUUCCAUCUCCCACUUCUCAUCUUCCAUAUCCCCUGUCCAGCAGAGAGAUUAUUAUGUGCGCUGACACACCCAGCUUUUGCAGCGGGGCCGUGAGUAUCCAAACUCAGGUCUUCAGGCUUGUGUGGUAGGCGUUUCGCCAGCUAGGCCAUCUCCUCAACACCUAUCUUGAUAGUUCUUUAAAAUGUUUAAGCCAGGCAUAGUGUCACAUGCUUGUUAUCUCUACAAAGAGAACUGAGGCAGAAGAAUCACGGCUUGUGAUGUUCAAGUGUGACUCUGUCUUGCCCACACACACACAAAGAAAAGCUUAAAAUGCCUCUGUCACUCAAGGAUAAAGAACAGACAGAGCAGCUUUCCUCUCCUCAGGUUUUGGCUGCAACCUGACCCCUAUCUGGAUGAGGCGUGUGUGACUUACAUUCACGAUACUGUGGUAUACGCUCAUGUUCCAUGCGUCUUGCAGCCCUCUGUCCUUCAGGGCUGUGUACCUGCUCACCUACAUGUGGCCUUGAAAUCCACGUGGCUGUGCCAUGUAACAGGUACACGGGGGGUGCGCCUCGGCAUUCAGAUUUUGCUUCAUACUCAAGAUCUUAAUUACUGACUGUUCGUUGCUUAGUUGGAUGGGCCAUUGUCUUUGUGAGGCAUUACUCCAAGAGCUCAACAAUCCGACACACAAUGUGGUGGGGAUGCGCACAGCACGCUCUGCAACACAACCUUCCAAAAAGCGGAGGCCUUAGAGUUCCUUCUUCUCUCAAGAGCUACACAGCCCAUGGUACUUCAAAGACCAGAAGAAAUCAAGAUGGCAGUGGGUGAAAGUCCUCGCUGCCCACCCUGGAGACCUGAGUUUAAUCCCCAGAACCUAUGGAAAGGCCAAAAGAGAGAACCAGCUCUGCAAAGUUGUCUUAUAACUUCCACAUGUAUGCAUGCAUUCCCUAAUAAUAAUAAUAAUAAUAAUAAUAGUUGUUGUUGCUGUUGUUAUUAUUAUUAUAUUGAAAAAUAAAUCAAUGGUCGUACCUUUGGUGAUCAUCUGGAAUGUU